AAUGCGCCUUUUUGUCGCUUCUUCUUAUUAGGCGGUGCUAACGGGGCUGACGAUGAGUCCUUGCUCCCUUUCAAUGGAGUCAGGGGCUCGGUUCGGGCAAGGCUACAGGUUACAGGCUGCAGCCUACAGCCUACAGCCUACAGCCAGCCGACAUUACUCUCUCUCUCUCUCUGUAUUUAAGUGAUGAGGUCGUCAACUCUCUCAUUGGGAGGACCGGAUUCAGAUCGCUAGGGUUUUCAGCUGUUCGCUCCCUCACUCGCUCGCUUCAGCCUUCACCACGAUCAAUCGUUGUAUUCGGCUGGUUUAUCACUGUAUUUUUAGUGUGUGUCUUCCCUUGCAAUGGCGGACCAUGAAUCAGACAAAAAUAUAGAAAUCUGGAAGAUUAAGAAAUUGAUCAAGGCAUUGGAAUCUGCUAGAGGCAAUGGUACCAGCAUGAUAUCUCUCAUUAUGCCUCCUCGUGAUCAGAUAUCACGAGUGACCAAGAUGCUGGGCGAUGAAUUUGGAACUGCUUCAAAUAUUAAAAGUAGGGUCAACCGUCAGUCAGUGUUGGCUGCCAUUACCUCUGCUCAACAGAGGCUAAAGCUUUAUAAUAAGGUUCCGCCGAAUGGGCUGGUGCUGUAUACUGGUACUAUUGUUACCGAGGAUGGGAAGGAGAAGAAGGUGACAAUUGACUUUGAGCCUUUCAAGCCCAUAAAUGCAUCUCUCUACCUUUGUGAUAAUAAGUUUCAUACAGAAGCUCUCAAUGAACUACUAGAAUCUGAUGAUAAAUUUGGUUUUAUUGUCAUGGAUGGAAACGGCACUCUUUUCGGGACAUUAAGUGGGAACACCCGGGAGGUUCUUCAUAAAUUCACUGUUGAUCUACCUAAGAAGCAUGGUAGAGGAGGGCAGUCAGCCCUGCGAUUUGCUCGUCUCCGGAUGGAAAAACGGCACAACUAUGUGAGGAAGACUGCAGAGCUUGCCACACAGUUCUUCAUCAAUCCAGCUACCAGUCAGCCCAAUGUUGCGGGGCUCAUACUGGCUGGUUCAGCAGACUUCAAGACUGAGCUGAGCCAAUCAGAUAUGUUCGAUCCUCGGCUGCAAGCUAAGAUACUAAACGUGGUCGAUGUUUCCUACGGGGGGGAAAACGGUUUCAACCAGGCUAUCGAGCUUUCCGCCGAGAUAUUGUCUAAUGUGAAGUUCAUACAGGAGAAACGCUUAAUUGGGAAGUACUUUGAGGAGAUCAGCCAGGACACGGGCAAAUACGUGUUCGGGAUUGAUGACACACUCAAGGCACUUGAAAUGGGUGCUGUGGAGACCCUCAUUGUUUGGGAAAACCUGGACGUCAACAGGUACGCGCUCAAAAACACUUCUACCGGCGAGAUUGUCAUCAAACAUCUGAACAAAGAGCAAGAGGCGGAUCAGAGUAACUUCCGGGACCCUGCCACCUCGGUGGAGUUGGAAGUUCAGGAGAAACUGGCCCUACUCGAGUGGUUUGCCAACGAGUACAAGCGAUUCGGCUGCACGCUCGAAUUCGUCACCAACAAGUCACAAGAGGGAUCCCAAUUUUGUAGGGGGUUUGGUGGAAUUGGGGGUAUCCUCCGAUACCAACUUGACAUGAGAUCCUUUGAUGAGUUCUCAGACGACGGAGAAGUUUAUGAGGAUUCCGAUUAGGCAGCUUGCAUUUAAUUUUGGAGUUUCUGCAAAAGCCGCCGACAUUGCUGCUGUUGCGUGUGAUGUUUGAAAAUCCUGUGCUCCCUCUUCAUCUCUCAGUAUGGUAUGUUAAAAACUGGUAAAGACUUUUCGUAAAUGUUGAAUUCCUUAACUGUGUACUUUGUUAAAAAUAGUUUGGUUAUUCCUAAUUAAACGAUGAAGAAAGGAUUGGGUUGUUUUCCA